CAACACCCAGCCAUGACACGAAUACAGUUGUUAUCCGACCUACACCUUGAUCUACAUACAAGCUAUGAAUGCGAAAUCCCAGUCACUGCCCCUACACUGCUGAUAUGCGGGGAUAUCGGUCGGGCAAAUGAUUCCCGUUACACGGUCUUUUUGUCGUCUCUAGCAGAGAGAAGAGCAACAGGGGAGGGCUGGGAGAGGAUUCUCGUGGUUCUAGGGAACCACGAACCCCUCGCAUCGAGCUGGGACCAGGCGAGAGCCGUGAUCGAAGCCGUCGCGGCCGAAAGUGCGAAGAACGGAGGAAGUGCCGUGGAGAUCAUGUGGCGGCGUCGAGUCGACAUCGACGAACGAACGACUGUGUUAGGGUGUACCCUAUUCUCCAACAUUCCACCCGAUAAGCGCCAGAUCGUCGAGGACCGCAUGCCAGAAUUCGGACUUGUCGAGGGGUGGACGGUGGAUAAGCAUAACGCUGAGCACGAGGAGGAAGUACGGUGGUUCCGGCGAGAGAUUGAAAAGUGCAGGAAUGAGGGAAGAAAGUUAAUUGUCGCUACGCAUCAUGCGCCGCUGGUGGAAGGGACGAGCCCGGAGAGAUAUGAGGCUAGUCCGCAUGUGAGCGGGUUUGCCACGGAUGUCUUGUGCUGCAGUGACGACAGCGAUAGUCAUGGCUAUCAAGCAGAGAGUCUUGGCUGGGAAGGUGUUGAUGUCUGGGCAUUUGGGCAUACGCACAAGAAUGUGGACAUGAUAGUCGGUGGCAUCAGGGUUGUGAGUAAUCAACGGGGAGGGAGGCACCCAUCAGAGCCCGAGGGCACUUGGGAUCCGGGAUAUGUUGUCCAGGUUUGAAAGAAGGAAUAUAGGGGAGGCUUAACAGAUGUCGGCCUUGAGUGAUGAAGGUCAUGAAUUGAAGAGAGACCGUGGCAUGUGGACGAAGAAGGACAGAAAGAGGCGAAGCCUUUGAGGAUCCAGGCUGAGCAAAGUGGUCGGGAACAGAGAAGGCGGAGAAAUAUGGAGGUGACAAGUUGAGAGUUCCAUGGAAAUGAACUUUGCAAGUGCAGGCCUCGUUCGCGAGCCUCAAUUGGCAACCGAUCAUGAAGGGCCCGGGUUUCG